AUGGGUCUCGGGGAGGCUGCUGUGGAACCACUGCCUGGCUCGGUGCAUGCCAGCUUGAAGGAGGAGGAAGGUCAACCGAGUUCUUCAUCCGGUAAACUAAGAUUACAGUUUAUUGGAAUGGGUUUUUCAGCCAAGCGGGUAGACAAGGUUCUCCAGAGACAUGGUGACGAUGAUUCUAACACAAUUUUGGAAUCUCUUCUGUCCUAUUCUGACCAUCAGCAGUCUAGAUCCGAGUCAUCGGGUUCUUUUGGAAGUUUAUUUGAUUGUGAUAAUGAAGAGAACAAUUCUUCUUUAGAGUCUAGGAAAGGAAUCAAAGACAUCAAGGGAAAGACUGAAUUACUGUGUGGUGUGAUGGAAAAAACACUUAGCUUACUUCAGAUGGGCUUUACCAAGGAAGAGGUAUCAUCAGUUAUUGACAAUUUUGACCAGAGAGCAACUGAUCAGGAGCUGGCUGACUCAAUUUUGGCAAGGCGAAUAGCCAAUAGCAUUGAGCAGAAAGAGGUAAAAAUUGAAUCUGACUUUCUAGGCGAGGCAGAACCUGAUUAUUCUUCAUACCAGCCCUCAUACUCUGCUGCAAGCUAUUAUGACGAUGACAGCAACAAUACAGGGGUUAAAAGGGCUAAGCAUAUAUUUAUCGAUGACACAGGUGCCUCCAGUAGUCACCCUGGCAAUCCAUGGUCUAUGGGGCACUGUGCAGGGACAAGUGAUAUGCAUGUUAAGGUAGAACUUGAAGCAAUGACACCAGGCCUCCGUGCAAAUGUACAAGGUGACCUUGCUAAACCCCCAUUUUUCUUGUAUGGAAAUGUGGUAGACAUUCCAAAAGACACAUGGUAUCAACUCAAACAGUUCUUAUACAAUGUGGAGCCUGAGUUUGUGAACAGUCAGUCCUUCUCCACUCUAAGUCGAAAGGAAGGUUACAUUCACAAUCUUCCAGUGGAGAAAAGACGUGUCGUGGUUCCAAAGUCUCCAAUGACUAUUGAAGAAGCACUUCCAUUCACCAGACAGUGGUGGCCCUCAUGGGAUACAAGAAAACAUAUCAGUGUUGUUACUACAGAGUUUGCAGGGAUUGAGCAGACAUGUGAAAGAUUGGGGAGCAUGUGCAUUGGAGGUGCAGAAGUAACACUUCAUCGGCUAGGCAUUCCUUUGAAAUGUGUAAUAUCUGUUGAGGAAUCUGAGGUGAAUAGGAAAAUUCUAAGAGGGUGGUGGUCGAAAACUGAACAAACUGGAAUGCUAAGGCAGUAUGUGGGAAUCUGGAAGCUCAAAACACAUGUGAUUGAAGACUUGGUGAAAGAGUUUGGUGGUUUUGGUCUGAUUAUUGGUGGGAAUUAUACUUCUUGCAAAGGUGGUACUACAGUAAAUACGACAAUGGGCAUGGAUUCCAACCGCUUCUAUGAGUAUGCCCGUGUUGUUAAAAGAGUAGGGACUGCAGUUAGACUCAAUUGA